CGGGGCAGGGGGCACGGGCUGGGGGAGUUACUAGAGGCCCAGUCCCAGCGCCGCUCCUCCGCCACCUGGUAUUCAGCUCGCCAUGGUUCUUCUGCCUCUGCGCUGUGUCUUCUGGGGCUCCUUGUUGACCGCCGUCCACCCAGAACGCACUGCAUGCAGAGAAAAGCAAUACCUAAUAAACAGUCAGUGCUGUAAUUUAUGUCCUCCAGGAGAGAAACUGGUGAAUGACUGCACAAAGAUCACCGAGACAGAAUGCACUCGUUGCAAAGAAGGCGAAUUCCUAGGCACUUGGAACACAGAGAGACACUGUCACCAGCACAAAUACUGCGACCCCAACCUAGGGCUCCGGGUCCAGAGGGAAGGCACCUCAGAAACAGAUACCAUUUGCACAUGCGAUGAAGGUCUCCACUGUACCAACUAUGCCUGUGAAAGCUGCACCCUGCACAGCCUGUGCCUCCCUGGCCUGGGAGUCAGGCAGAUCGCUACAGGGGUCUCUGAUACGGUCUGUGAUCCCUGCCCUGUCGGCUUCUUCUCCAAUGUGUCAUCUGCUUUGGAAAAGUGUCACCCUUGGACAAGCUGCGAGACCAAAGGCCUGAUGGAGAUUGAGGCGGGGACUAACAAGACGGAUGCCGUCUGUGGUUCCCCACCUCGGAUAAGAGCCUUGGUAGUGAUCCCCAUCACGAUGGGGAUCCUGCUUGCUGUCCUGUUGGUGUCCGCCUGUAUCAGUGAGUGCCCAGGAAAGGUGGCCAAGGAGCCAGAGAAUAAGGUUAUGUGUCAGGACCCCGUGGAGGACCUGGAGGACUUUCCUGUCCCACUCCCCUCCAUUGCUCCGGUGCAGGAGACCUUGCACGGGUGCCAGCCAGUCACGCAGGAGGACGGCAAAGAGAGCCGCAUCUCUGUGCAGGAGAAAGUAUGAGGCAUGUGUGCCCAGGAGUGUGGCAGCCUGGGCAACCGGGCGCAGGCCGGAGAGCCUGGAGCUGCUGGGGCUGCAGCUGGGCACCAGGCGACGGGGCACACACUGCCCGCACCCCUGCGUUGCAGAAACCGAGAACCUUCCACCGCAGCCCUGGAGCCCAGUGCAUCUCCCAACUUGCUUUUAAAGAUGGAGGUGAAACUUUUUGGCGGCCAUACAGUGAUAGCCAUCCACCAAACCCUCCAACCCAGCAGCUCAGGGCCCAGAGAUGGACCAUGGUGGUUUCUACAAGCCCGGGAAGACCUAUACGUGAAUAGCCAUUGCGGCCUUGUUUGUGAUGUUUGUGACAGUGGACGAUGAGAAGCCACUUAACUGUCCAUCAGCAGGGGACUGACUAAAUAAAAUUGUAAUAUAUUUAUACAA